CUCAUACUCCUAAAGAUAUGAAAAUGUAUGUCCACAGUAAAACCUGCACAGGAAUGUUCACAGCAACUUUAUGUGUAGUAGCCAGAACUGGAAACAACCUUCAAUGAAUGACUGGAUAAACACACUAUGGUUCAUCCAUACCAUGGACACUGCUCAGCCAUAAAAAGGAAUGAACUAGAUACACACAACUCGGAUGGAUCUUAAGAAUGUUAUGCUGAGGGUAAAAAGCCAGGCUUUGUCUAAAGGCUACAUGCUGUGUGAUUCCAUUAAUAUAACAUUUUGGAAGUGACAAAGGUAAACUAUGAAAUGAUGAUGUAUAUCAAGUAUUCAUUUUAGCAAAGACUGGAAACAUCCAUCAAUAGAAAACUGGUUACAUAAAUUAUGGCACCAUCAAUAGAAAAUUAGUUAUACAGAUUACAGCACCAUCUGUGCAAUGGAAAAUAAGGGGCUGUAAAAAAAAUAAGAAUAUGAAAAGAUCACAAAAAUAAAUGGAGUGAUAAAUACGAGGUGCAGAACAGAAUUAUAGUAUGUUAUUUUUAUGUACAAAAUGGAAGGAGAAUAUAUGUGUGUGUGUAUGUGUAAAGAGACUCUGGAAGGUUAUACAAGAAACCAUUAACAGCUUAUCCACUGAGGGUGCUUGUUAAGAAUUGGAGGGAUGGGGACCUGGAUUUGGGGACGGCACUUCAUUAUUUCAUUGCAUGACUACUUUCUUAACCGAAUUAAUAUUUCACAUUUAAAAAGAUAAAUUUUUUAAAAUCAUAAAAAAGCCAGUGGGGGAGAAGGUAAAAUUAGAAGGGUCCUGGGAGAUAGAGCGGCUCCCUGGGGAAACAUAAAUGGGGGUCAUGGUGUGGGCGCCCCAACAGAAAAGAACAAAGCCCACCAAAAUUGUUGAUGAGCAAGAGUAGAAGAGAGAUUCCCUAAUCCUCAUCCAGAGAGGGCUUGGUAGGGACUAAAACAGGUUAAUGAAGACUGAGCCCUUCCUCUGGCUGUUGGGAGGCAUCUUCAGCAAGCAUGUGUUUUGAAACCCCAGUGCCAAGCACAGCUCCUGACCUAUGGCAGGUGACCGGUAAGUGUUUGACAAAUUCAUCCAUUUGAUGUACAUUUAUUGACUAUUUCUUCCCAGGAACUUUCCUUGGUGAACCCAACAGUAUAAAUUCCCUCCCCUCAUGGAGUUUCCAUCAUGAUGGAAUAAGUGAAAGGACAUCUUUGAUUCAGGCAUCUGAGUGCCCUGUGAAGGACUUGGACCUCCAGACCACCCUGCCUGGGAACUGCCAUGUGGGGGGUGUCCUUGUGAGAGUGAAUGCCUAGUGACUUCUUCAUCUCCUCACACACUCCAUCAUCCCAAAGUGCACAGACCCGAGAGAAUAGGCCACAAGUGGCAAGAGUAGAAACAAAAUAAUUAGCAUCUACCCCUUAACAAGGAGCCAUGGGAAUGGAGUCCCCAAGAGCCCCCAAACUGUAAAUAUCCUAUUGUGUCCCUGGCCCCCCGCUCAUCUGCCCCAGGCUGGGCAGGGGAAACACAUGAUUUCCCCCCAUAGAUACCAGACUUGUCCCAGCCAUCAUAGCUGACUGGACUCCCCACACCCUUCCUGGGGGCUUAGUGCUGAUCUCAGGAUCCCACGGCAAUCAGUGGAGAAGAAGGUUUGCCAAGACCACCCUCUUGGUGAAACCAUCCUGGUAAGUCAAUGAGGGGUGGAGAAGAAGAGUGAGCUGGAUGGGAUCAGAGAAGAGAAAUCUCUUUCCUUCCUUCCUGGAGAGAGAGAGAAAGAAGAGAGAGAAGUGACUGAGACUAACUCUAUACCCUCUGAAUGGACAAAAGGUACAGAGGGCAGACCCUCCGUGGCUGAUCAUGUGGAGGAAAAGCAUCUAUGGUCUGUGGUUGGGGGACACCUGCACAAAUGGGUGAGAUGCUAAAAAACAGCUUUCUCCAAUGCAGUGGUUCCCCAGGUGUGGUCUCAGGCCAGCAGCAGCCGCAUCCCCAGGGAAUCUCCUAGAAGUGCUAAUUCUUGAGCUCCACCCCGGACACUCCAAGGAGUGGGCCCAGCUACCUGUAUUUUAUCCAGCCCUCUCCCUAUGGUAUGCUGAUGCACACUCAAGGGUUGAGAACCACUGCUCUGGUGCAACCAAGGACUUCAUGUCAACAACCGAGGACUAUUGCAAAGACGUUGCUGGGAGGGGUCCCACAGUAGCAUAUGCAGCCAAGAGAAAGCUGAGCGUCACCUUGCAAAAACCUCAAACUCAACUCUAAAAAACCUUGAAAAGUAAUAUAAGGCUUUGCUGGAGAUCUCUUGAGGUUACCAGAGGAGAUUAUGCUUCUAACCUUCCUAAAAGCUCCCUUUUGACACCUCUUCCACCUCCAAGGGUCCUACUCCUCUUGGCAGGUAUUUGCAUCUCUCCCUUGUUCUUGCAACACCUUGGAGUCACCCAUAGCCUUUCUUACACAGACCCAUCUAUGUGCUAUGUUUUCCCAUUUACAUCUUGAUCCCACUCCGAAAACCUUAACUCUUUCUGGAGACUAAUGUUCCUUGGGAGACAGGAAGACAAAAAUUUAAAACACCUACAAUUGAAUAGUUUUCCCCAGCAUGUGUUGACAGCACAGAGUUUAGCCUUGAAACACCUCCACCCAUAAUGAAGUGUGAGUGGCCACAUUCGGAGAGGCAAUGGGGCAUGAGAGGGUGAAAAUAAAUCUCAGUUCAAACGAGAGAUCAAGCACUUGCAAGCUAGCAUCUCUCUCAGCACCUCCCAUCUUCUCAUCAUAAGUUGUGGCCAACACCAACUCCUUCUCAGGGUUGUGAGACCUACACGUAAAGAACUUGUGAUUCCUAAGAAGGCUCAAUACUUUACAGAUAUUGUCACUAAACUCCCCUGAUGUGUUGUUACUGGCUAUUGAUUAUAAGACACAGGGACCUAACCAGGGAAGAAAUGAGUUAAGCAAAGGAAAAUUCUCUCUUUGCUGGAAAGAGACAAUAUUGAGGUUUUACAAGGACUUGGUGAGUCAUGCCAUGCUGGGGUUUUUUUCUAUUUCAUCCAUGUCUUAUAAGAGGAACAGAUAGUGCCCGACACCCAACACAUUCUUCAUUAAUGUUCAUUAAGUGAAAUAAAGGAUAAAUACGCCCACUGGGAAAUGGAGACUUAGAAAGGCAAAUGCAGCCAGGCUUCGGUGGUCUUGUAUGGAUGGGAUAAAGGUCUGCUUUUGACACGAAGCUGCUCCUAGGUCCCAAACUGCUGAUGCCAAAGCAGAGAGGAGUUCAAAACUUGCCUGUAACUCUACACAUUAAAACGCCCUCAGAUGAACUCCAACUUCCUUGCUAAAUAGAUGGGGAAACAAAACCAGGGUCAUACUCAUUAGCAAUUUAAAAUGGAUGAAUGAGAAUAUUAUUGGAACGUGCCUAAGAGUUUGCAUUUCUUUAAAUCUUGCUCUCACGUAUUCACCACUUUAGUUGCAAUUUUAAUAUUUGUUCACAUAAGAAUGUUAUUUCAUAAACUCGCUUUUCUUGGAUCAUAGUGACCACAGGAAUAAGCACAGUGCACACCUAUCUUUCCAUCAAGGAGGCAUUCGAGCACACUUUUGUCGCUUUUAUGAAAACAGCUUAUCUUUGAACAGUCCAGGAUGCGUCUGGAAGUUUUAUUUUGAAUAAACUUUUUUAACAGCUGUUUCAAGUGAUAUAACAAGGUAUGUUUUACUGAGGGUGCAAAACUGUUUCAAUUGGCAGUGACAGUCUGUCUAGAACAUAAGAAAACACAAAUUUUUUUGUCCCACAAAGCUACUGCUGAUGGCAAAAAAUACCUCCAAAAUACCAUUAGCUUUAAAGCUCCACGUGUUUUCCUUUUAUUACUGUGAACACUCUCUUUAAAAAUUCCACUUAAGCAGCUUUCUGGGUUCAUCCAUGGCUUCUAUCUCCCCUGAAGAUAUACUGAUUGCUGUCCUGGCAUGCUGAGUGCUCAUCGCCAGACGGCUACUCACCUGCUCGCCGAAGCAUUUCUGCUCUCAUCAGUUGAGUUGAGUUGUUUGAAGUCAUCCCAAGCCUGACAGAGUUGCUGCUGCAAUUGUAUCACUCAACUGAAUGCUAGGUAAAUGAAAGAACCACAGGAGAAAGAAGGAGGGAAGGAAGGAAGGAUGGACAGAAUGAAAGCAGGAAGGAAGAAGGGGAGAGAGAGGGAAGAGGAAAUGUGGUUUUGUGAAAUCCAAACUGAAUGUUUUGGAAAGGCUUAAUAAAAAGGAAUCACUAAAAAAGAAAUUGCCAUCAAAUUAGAUGUGAGCAAGAUAACCAAACACAAUUUGGGUGUAAAUUUGUAAAACUCUGAAAGGAUUCUGCAACAGAUUGUUUUGCAAGGAUCCCUAGUUUCUUGUUCCACCGUAAUGAAACAAACUGGAGCAUAGAUAGAAGCCAAGAUAGGCUGAGGCAAGAACGUUGAUACAGAUCCGCCACCAAUGCAUCACAUGCUCAGAGAAGAGACCUUGCUCCCCAUCAAAGCCCACUGAAUAAAUUUACAUACUUAAGUUAAGACGUGGAAGGCAAGUUUGUGCACAUUUACGUUCCCACCCUUUGCAAGCUUUUCCAACACUGGUCCUCAUCAUGACAAAAGAGAGUGUCUACUGUAGUGGUCAUGUGGUAGCAGGUCAUAAAGUGCCCCCAAGUAAAUUUGGGGUUCACUGGAAGCAGAGAAGGAGUGCUAUUCGUCUUCACAUCCCUAGUCUUUAACACAAAAUUGACGCUAAAAUUAUAUCUUGUUGAUGCAGGGAUGAAAGGGAGGGAGGAGAGACGAGAGAGAAAGAUAAUGGGAAAGGGAGAAAGGAGGAUGGUCAGGUUUCGUUUUAUCAUGCCAGGUUUCGGCUUAGGUUUGAUUCCGCUCAAUUUUGUUUCUAUGAAGCUUUGCAUCGCCACCAAAGAGAAAUAACGAUGUUUAUUAAUAAUAUUCAACUUACGUCUAAACAACCAAGUUAGGCCUUUGACACACAGAGUAUCUCAGGCAAGGAUGGUUUCAUUUAGAGAAAGAGAAAUCUACUGAAGAGAGUGUGACACAAAGAGAUUUGCUGUAAGGAUCCCGUGGAUUUACACAGACCCCUACCGACCUCAGUGGGGAGCUGGGACCAGAACUCCGUCUCCAACUCCCAGCUCGAUGUUGCUUCCCUCUCCCCUUCUUUCUUUUGCAGUAGACACAGGCUGUCCAUGGAACCAGAAAACCAAACAGUAGGCUCAGAAUUCUUCCUCCUGGGACUCACAGAAAAGCCAGAGCAUCAGACUCUCCUCUUUGGGCUGUUCCUGUCCAUGUACCUGGUCACCGUCUUUGGAAACCUGCUCAUCAUCCUGGCCAUCAUCACAGACUCCCAUCUCCACACACCCAUGUACUUCUUCCUCUCCAACUUGUCCCUAGUCGACAUCUUCUUCUCUUCUACCACCGUCCCCAAGAUGCUGGUGAACCUCUGGACCCAGAGUCGAGCCAUCCCCUUUGCAGGCUGCCUCACUCAGAUGUAUGCCUUCCACCUGUUUGGGACCAUGGACAGCUUUCUCCUGGCCGUGAUGGCCAUUGACCGAUUCAUAGCCAUAGUCCACCCUCUGCGCUACUCGGUCAUCAUGAGCCCUCGUGUCUGUGUGCUGCUUGUGGGAGGGCUGUGGCUGAUCACCAACUUCCAGUCGCUUGUGCACACCUGCCUCAUGGCUCAACUCACCUUCUGUGGCGGCUCUGAAAUCCCUCACUUCUUCUGUGACCUCAUGCCCCUGCUGAAGCUCUCCUGCUCAGACACACACACCAAUGAGCUGGUGAUCUUUGCUUUUGGCAUCAUCAUGGGCAUCAGCCCGCUCUCGUGCAUCCUCUUCUCUUACACCUGCAUUUUCCGAGCGGUCUUCAAGAUCCCUUCUGCUCAGGGCAAGUGGAAAGCAUUCUCCAUUUGUGGCUCGCACCUCACUGUGGUGUCACUGUUCUAUGGCACCAUCUUCGCUGUGUACUUGCAGCCCACAUCUGCCGCCUCCUCCCAGAAGAACAAGGCAGCCACCCUGAUGUGUGGGGUGGUCAUCCCCACGCUGAACCCCUUUAUCUACAGCCUAAGGAACAAGGACAUGAAAGUGGCCUUGAGGAAGCUUGUCGGCAAAGCAGCCCCUCCUCGGUCCUAGGGCAAAUAGUGUGGAGCACCUACAGUGUCGCAGGACCACUGCUGGGUGCCAGGCCACAGAGAUGCAUGCCAUCCCUGCCCUCGAGGCUUUCAGAGUCUAGUGGGGGAUAGAGGCGUAUAAAUAAAUCACUACAGUGCAAUGUGGUAAAUGUGUCACAAACAGAUGAAUGAAGUGCUACAGGAACCCAAAGCGGGAGGUGCACAUUUUCUCCACAAUUUAUCUUUCCAGUGAAGAUCAGAGUACCAGGGAAGGCUCGGAAGUGGCCUUAAAUUAGCCCCUCUGGGGAUUAGGUUUAUAGGAUUGCUAUGUGGAUAAUACUAGUCAAAUAAAAGGUUGGCUACUCUUAUUUUAAUAUUGAUAAAGACAAUGCGUAUUAGCCAGCUACGUCACUGUGCUUCCUAAGUGACUUGGGGAAGGAGUUUGGAAGCAUCUGCUAAGAUUAGCUCACUUGCUCUUUGCUUCACCCACC